UGUGAGUGUCUGUGUGUGUGUAUGUGUGUCUGUGUGUGUAUGUGUGUGUCUGUGUGUAUGUAAUUCAGGAAAUAAUCUUUAGAAAAUAAACUAUAUUUCAGCAACACAAAGCUGAGUUCUUACUGAGAUGAAGAUGCUGCACUUGGCUACGGUUCUUCUUACACUGUCUGGUGUUUUCACUCAGUACAGUAAAUGGGUUGUGAACUAUCCUGAUAAACUGAUCUGUGCUGUGAGAGGAUUCAGUGUCUCCAUUAAAUGUAGUUAUUAUUAUCCACAAGAUCAUCAGGUGAAACAAAAGCUUUGGUGCUCGAGGAACUCAAACACAGAUUUGUGUGAAAAUCCACCGUAUGUUUAUAACAGCUCAUUAAACACCAAGUCAGACUUUAAGUUCACUGGAGACGACAAAUCAGACUGUACUUUAUUAAUCCACAAUGUACAGUUCAGUUAUUCUGGAGUUUACAGAUUCAGAUUUAUUACUGAUGUGACCGGUGGUAAAUGGACAGGAGAUCCUGGAGCGACUCUACAAGUUACAGAUUUAAAGGUGUCACUAAUCAGACUCAGUGGAAACGGAACCCUUAAACAAGGAGACUCCUUAAAUCUGACGUGUGAUGUGAACUGCACACACACUUCCUCACAGUUUGUGUGGUCUAAGAACAACCAGAGUUUAAAUACAUCAGGACCCGUUCUUCACUUUCCUGCUCUAACUGUGAGGGAUUCUGGGAAUUACACCUGCACUUGGGGAACCGGUGAGACGUCAAGAUCUGAAACCAUCAGCCUUCACGUGGAGGAUUCAGAAAGUUCUAAUUCAUGGAUCUUCUGGAUGGUUGUUGUGGUGACAGCUGGACUGAUUUUGGUUGUUGUGAUUUUCAGCAGGAGACACGUCCACACUGAGCCGCUGAUGGAGGACGAUUCAGACAUCUACACCACAGUACAGUACAAUACAUUCACCAUGAACUGAUCACAUCUUCACACCUCACCUACUUCAGUACACACUUCUGCAUGUGAACUUCACCUGAGAGCAAAAAGCUAAAGGAUCUGAACUCCUUAUAUCUCUAGAGCGAUUUCACAAAGUCAUAAUGAAUUAAUAAACCAACUGUGUGUGUGUGUGUGUGUGUGUGUUUUUUUGUGUGUGUGUGUGUGUGUGUAUGUAUGUGUGUGUGUACUGUAUGUGUGUGUGUAUGUAUGUAUGUGUGUGUGUAUGUGUGUGUGUUUGUGUGUUGUGUGUGUGUGUUUGUGUAUGUGUAUGUGUGUGUUUUUGUGUGCGUGUGUGUUUGUGUGUGUGUGUGUGUGUGUGUUUGUGUGUGUGUAUGUGUGUGUGCAUAUGUGUGUGUGCGUGUGUGAUUCCUCUCACACCACAGCAAUUUUCCCAUUUGUAUUAUAUAAAUAAUAAAGAAUGACACAUUAUAUUCUUUUAAUUACAUUUUAUAUCAUGUAACAUCCACAAAUCCAGUUCCUUUCUGUUCUCCUGUACGUUACAGCAGCUAUAAAUAUUCCUUCCUUUACAAGUCUGUCUUUUUUUUCUCUCUCUUGAUGUUCAUUUUUGAAACUACAAACCAGUGUAAACUCCUCUGUCCUGAAGAUUAAAUAAACUUCACCUCACAGAAAACUUUGUCGUAUCGACUAUUAAUACAUGUUUAUUAAUUGUUUUCUGUUCCUGUUAAUGAGCUGUUACUAUAGAAACGAUACGGUAUCAGAAGCAGUGCAUUAAUCUGAAUAUAAAGCUGUGAUGUUCAGCUGCACUUCUGUCUGGUAUAGAAACUAAAUCAACACCUUCUGACCAAUCAGGAGCCGGAACUCAACGGUGUUGAGGUGGAAGGUUGGAUUGAUGAUGAGCUUCAGGUUUAUGAUCUCUUACUGCUUAAUGAAUCUUUGUGUAUUAAUGUAAAUGAUGAAAGAAGGUUACACUUGUGAUAUUAUCUACAUGAGCUUCAAAUGAGAGACCGGUCUAGAAAUAACUCCUGCGGCAUGAGAAAAGCUCUCUCAAGCCACAUGGGUUAUUUCUGUUAUUUCUCAGUGAUGUUGUAACAGGACAUUGUUUCCUAAGUCCAGUUCCUUUCUCUUUAGAUUUCCUCUCUUUAUUUAUUAACAGAGCAGAAGUGAUGUGUUCUGGAAGU